AUGUCAUUGGAAUACGCAGCUGGUGGUACUCUGAGCAAUUUCAUCCACUUCAUCCACAGACACAACGGAAAGCUGCCUGAUUCGGUUAUCAAAGACUUCACUCGGAUGACUCUUCAAGGAUUGGUCUCGGUCCAUCAUCGCGGUUAUGUCCACUGCGACCUUAAACCGGAUAAUCUCCUUCUCUUUCCGUGUUACGAUAAAGAUAUGUGGGAUUGUUCGUAUGAACUGAAGAUUGCGGAUUUCUGGUUGUCGUUAAUGGCCGGAGAGGAAGAAUCUGAUUGUUGGAAAAUCGACUCUCCGUUUGUGGGGACCCCUGUGUACAUGUCGCCGGAAUCAGUCGACGAUGGUACCGUCGAGAAAGCCCUAGAUUUGUGGUCCUUGGGUUGUAUCGUGUUGGAGAUGUAUACCGGUAGACAUCCAUGGUUUGGGGUUAAUCUCAAUGAUCUUCAAGGGCUUUUAGCCGACGGAAACGCACCGGAGAUUCCAGAGACGGUGCCGUUGGAUGCAACGCAGUUUCUGGAGAAGUGUUUCGCAAUAAAACCUAAAGACAGGGGAAGUGCUUCGGAGUUGCUGUUGCAUCCGUUUUUGAUAAGAGAGAUGAACAUGGCUGAUGUCGCCGGCAGAGCGACAAGGCCGAUGGGGAUGAGAAUCAGAAAACCUCCGCUAAAAAGUGAAGAUUCUUCCUCCGAGACCUCCCGUUCAUUAGUUUACUCCAAAUUAGUUACCGCUGUUACUUAG